AUGUCAGAACCAGGUCUUCCCAGCGGGGAUACCGUGGUCCCUACCGAGGGCCAGAAAGCGGAGCGAUUAACGAUGGACGAGACAAGAUCAAGCGAGACCACGGCUGGGAGCAGCGGAGAAACUAAUGAAAUUCUCCAGCAAAAGACAUCUAUGAGGAGCAAGGGCCUGCGAUUCUGGGCAAUCAUAGCAGCCCUUGCAGUUGACGGGCUCCUGACUGCCCUAGAAGCAACCAUCACAUCAACUGCUCUGCCAACAAUUAUCGGGGCUCUUGGGGGGGCAGAUCAGUACAUCUGGGCAGUCAACGUGUAUUUUUUGUGCAUGACCGCGCUACAGCCACUUUUUGGGCAGCUGGCAAACGUUUUCGGCAGACGUUGGCCGACCAUCAUAGCCACAGCGUUGUUCAUCCUAGGGAGUGGAAUCUCGGGCGGUGCGCAUAACAUGGGCAUGAUGAUCGCAGGUCGCGCUAUCCAGGGUCUUGGUGCCGGCGGAAUCAACGUCCUUAUCGAAAUCAUCAUCUGCGACUUGGUUCCGCUGCGAGAGAGAGGAAACUAUCUCGCAUUGAUAUUCGGCCUAAUCGCACUGGGGACAGCCCUCGGCCCCUUUUUCGGUGGUCUAAUUGUUCAACAUACCUCAUGGAGAUGGGUGUUCUACCUCAAUCUCCCAAUAGGUGGCGCGGCACUGGUCCUGCUGGUUCUCUUCUUGAAGGUCAAGUACAAGAAAGAGGACACGCUCGCGACGAGACUCAGCAACAUCGAUUGGAUCGGCACUGGGGUCUUCGUCGGAUCAGUGGUUUCGAUUUUGAUAUCUUUGUCUUGGGCCGGUGCAUUGUAUCCUUGGUCGUCCUACCGUAUCAUUGUCCCGCUAGUCAUCGGUUUUGCGGGACUUAUUGGCUUCCUUUUCUUUGAAGGAUCCAGAUUCUGUGUGGAUCCAACUAUGCCUCUGCACCUCUUCUCGAAUCGCACAUCAUUGACGGCCUUUAUCCUUACAUUCCUCCACAGCAUUACCACGAUCUGGGCGAUAUACUUCCUUCCAGUGUAUUUCCAAGGCGUACUCAUUUCGACUCCUGGACGCUCCGGUGUCCAGCUACUUCCCACGAUAUUGAUGUUGAUCCCGUUUGCCGCCAUAUCCGGAAAACUUCUGGCUCAAUUUGGCCGCUAUCGCCCACUCCACCAUGCCGGAUAUGCGAUUAUGGUUAUAGGGCUUGGGCUGUUUACUCUGUUGGACGAAGAAUCCUCAACCGCAGAAUGGGUCAUUUAUCAAGCCAUUGAAGCUGCGGGUGCAGGUUUGAUCAUUCCGGUGCUACUACCGGCGGUUCAGGCUGAGCUCUCCGACAAGGACACGGCCUUGGCGACAUCCACAUGGGCUUUCAUACGAAGUUUCGGUAUGGUAUGGGGCUCUACCAUCCCUGCCGCAGUGUUUAACAACCGAUUUGAUCAACUCGCUGGCCGUAUCAGCAGCGCAGACGUCGCUGCCCAGCUCAAAGGCGGGAAGGCGUACGAGCACGCCACAAAACUAUUCCUCGAAGCACUACCAGCCAGGAUCCGUCAGGAAGUUAUUUCUGUCUUUUCAGACAGCUUAAAACGCACUUGGCAAAUCGCAAUCGCAUUCGCAGCCCUGGGAUUCGUCGUUGUCAUUGGUGCACGGGAAGUGCCCCUGCGACAGGAGUUGGACACUGAGUAUGGAAUGGAGGAUGGGUCGAGGAAGAACAGCGUGGUCGUGAUGGAGGAAGGGGAGAAAGAUGGUCAGGAAAACGCGAAUGGAGAAGGUCAAAAAGCUUUUCAAGUGCCAGAGACAAUUGCCUAGAUCUGCCGCGAUCUUGGAGUUGGUCAUUUCUGUGGACUUGGAUCGCCGUGUCGUCUGUAAUUAUGCCUAGUUUGUGCGGGAGUCAUGGCAUGUCUGGGACACCUUUUUUUUUUUUUUUUUUUUUUUUUUUGGCAAUUAUUUUUUAG